GCUUCCGCUUCCGCUCCCGCUCCCACUCUACAAACUGGUUACCUAAUGUACGUUUACUUCAGUCAAACUUUAACUGAGACUCCUUUACCAGUUACCACUGCUACUUUUCUUUCUCUCCCUGUCCUUUUUAUUUUAGUCUGCCCAAGACAUUAUUUUAUUGGCCCUAUUUUGUUCUCAUUCUAUUCAAAUACUAAACAAAUUGGUGGCCAAUAAUUCACAAUCUCAAAGAAAAUUUCCUGUCUUUCUUUUUCCCCUAUUAUUUUAUUUAUCAAAUGGUCGUAUAUAUUUCAUUAUACUGUACUCCCAUUCUUUCUCUUCUCUGUUUCCAGCGAUUUGAAACAGUGCAAAAGGAUGCUCCCCUGACCUCACUCUGCCUCUCUCUGCAUCUCAACAUUUCUCUCUCCCUCUCCUUCUGCACAUUUUCAGAGAAGAAAAAGUGAAGUCCCCAAACACCAAAAAACCAGAAACCGAAACCCUACUCUGGAACUUUACCCCUUACAAUUUUUCUUUCUUCUCGAGAAAUUCAAAGCAUAAUCCUCCAAAAGGCAGCAACUUGUAGACUGUAGAAGUAGUAGUAGUUAGCAGUAGCCAUUAGCCAACUCUACAGAACCAGCUCAGCUCCUCCAUCUCAAAUUUUCAAUCUUUUCCCAUUUCCAAUCCAAACCCACAUCCCUAAUCCUUUUCUUCUAUACCUCCAAACCCCACCAUGAGUCCAUGACACGAUAGAACAGAGAAAAGAAAGGGAAAUUUUUACCAAAAAAAUGGGUUUCCCCUUGUUCUUCAUUCUCCAUCUCACUCCUAUCUUCCUCUUCCUCCUCUUCUUCUCCAACCCCACUCAAUCCGCACCAGACUACACUUCCUUAGUCUACAAGGGCUGCUCAAAGCAGGCUUUCCAAGAUCCAAGCGGCCUCUACUCACAAGCCCUCUCCGCCCUCUUCGGAACCCUAGUCCAGCAAUCCACAAAAUCCAAGUUCUUCAAGACCACCACCGGCACAGGCCAAACCACCAUCACGGGGCUCUUCCAGUGCAGGGGAGAUCUCUCCGUCGGCGACUGCUACAAAUGCGUGAGCGGCCUCCCCGUCCUGACCGACAAAAUGUGCGGCAAGGCCAUUGCCGCCAGGGUUCAGCUCACCGGCUGCUACAUUCUCUACGAGGUCGCCGGCUACACUCAGGUCUCCGGGAUGGAGAUGCUGUUCAAGACCUGCGGCCGGUCCACGUCGGCCGGGGGCGGGUUUGAGGAGAGGAGGGACACUGCCUUCUCUGUUCUGGCCAAUGGCGUGGCGAGCGGCCAUGGGUUCUUCACAACGAGCUACGAAUCGAUGUAUGUUUUGGGGCAGUGCGAGGGAGAUGUUGGGGAUUCGGAUUGUGGGGAGUGUGCCAAGAGUGCUAUCCAGAGAGCUCAGGUGGAGUGCGGGAACGCAAUCUCUGGCCAAAUCUAUCUCCACAAGUGCUUCAUUAGUUAUAGCUAUUACCCCAAUGGGGUUCCCAGGAGGUCGUCGUCGUCGUCUUCUUCAUCUGAUUCUUCACCUUCACCAGGGUCAGGGCAGAACACAGGGAAGACGGUGGCUAUAAUUGUAGGAGGGGCAGCAGGAGUGGGGUUCUUGGUGAUCUUCCUGAUGUUUGCAAGAAAUCUGCUAAAGAAACAUGAUGACUAUUGAGAAAAGGAAAAAGAGAAAGGGGGCUGGAGGUGGUGGUGGGGGAAGGGAGCUUGAAAAGUGAAAAGGCAGAUUGAGAUUUGAGGGAGGCUUCAACAAUUCUUUUGUUUUUGUAAGAAAAGUGGGGGGUUGGGAUUGGUUCAAUUUUGUUGUUAAUGAAGGAAAAACAGGGGUGAUUUUUGUAAUGGAGGAAGGGCAAGUUUUGGUAGAAUUUAGAGGAUUGAGCUAAGGGGGAUGGUGAAAGAUUGUGGGGUCUUCUUCCUUCCUUGUCAAUCUCAUUAUUAUCAUAUUUGGAAAGGGAAAUGGAAAGAAGUGUGAGACUGGGAAGGAUAUUAUCAAUGUCAAGAAAGGGAGCAAUUAGGCCAAGGGAAGAUACAUCACAAAGCAAUGAAUUAGGAGCUCUUGUUUAUUUUAGAAAGUUGGGGAGAGAAGGUGAAAAGAAAGAAUGUCUUUGGUAUCAUUGAAUAUGUUAUUAGGAAGAGAGAGAGAGAGAGAGAAUGGAGCUUGUUCAUGUUGGGUGGGGUGUUAAUGGACUUUUUUGCAGCAUCAAGGAAGAGGCAUGUGAGUGGGAAGGAAGAGGAGGAGGUGGAGGAUGCUUUUUGUUGUCUGUCUUUGACUGACUGAUGCUGCUUGGCUUCCUUCCUUUGCUUUGCUUUCUCUCUAUUCUCUUCCUUACUUCUUCUCCUUCCUUGGAUUUGCUUUUCUUUUUCUUUGAGAAAGUUGCCUUCCCUUCCCUUCCAUUCCUGCCCUGCAUCUACAGAGAAGAGAAACAUAUAUCGUUGAAUCAAUGAAUAUGUAGAACUGAUACCUGCAGUUGCUGCUGCCUCUGGAUGCUUGCAAUAUCAUUGGCUUUUCAUUGAGCGUGAACAACAGCACAUGGGAAGGAUGCGCUUGUUUUUGGAUUUGGGGAAAAGCUUAUCAAUUCCUCGCAUCGCUGCCAAAAUCUUUGCUCAUACUAUAUGGCCGGGCCAGCUAAUGAACGAUAGGUAACUAGCUGUCAUUCAUUCCUUCGUUGCCAUAAAUCGGAUUAUCUGUUUGUUUGUAUCCGUUUCCGUUCCCACCUUGGCGUUUUCCGAACCAGUAACUAAAACAACCCACCUACCGUGUGGUCUCCUGCUGCUACUAAUUUUCCAAAUAUCUUCCGCCUAAACUCACUGCUUUGAUUCCUUCGUUCUUUUCCUAAACUUGGUUUUACAUUUUUGAAUCAGGAACCGAUGUUUUUUUUCCAGUUAAAUUACACGAUGCGCGUUAGGUGAAAAAUAAGUCAAUGACGAAAUAAUAACAUCAAAGCGCAUCUAGUGUAGUGGUAUCAUAGUACCCUCCCACGGUACUGACCGGGGUUCGAUUCCCCGGAUGCGCAUUUUUUGUUUCUUCUUCUUAUUUUCCAUACAAUUAAGUAACCCUACAUAACUGGGCCUUUACCGUGUGUAUGAAUUGGGCUUCUACAACACUUUGUUCGGGCCUAGUUUUUGUGGAUCAAAACGUAACUACAAUCUACACUCUACAGGCAACAUCCCUCCCAAUUUUUAUUGACCAAACUAGUUUCUAGGGUUUCGAAACCCACCCAAAAAAUACACAGCCAAUUCAUCAAAAUGGUUAUAAAAAGGCAUGUAAAUU